CAAACGGAUUGGUCGACUACGUCACUUCCUGUUUGUCCAUCCCUGGAAAAAUGGCGACGUCUCUAGGAGCUAACACGUACAACAGGCAAAAUUGGGAGGACGCGGAUUUUCCAAUUCUUUGCCAAACAUGUUUAGGAGAGAAUCCUUACAUUCGCAUGACCAAAGAGAAGUAUGGGAAGGAGUGCAAAAUUUGUGCCCGUCCCUUCACUGUGUUCCGCUGGUGUCCUGGUGUGCGGAUGCGCUUCAAGAAGACCGAGGUUUGUCAGACGUGCAGCAAAAUGAAGAACGUCUGCCAGACCUGCUUGCUGGACCUUGAAUAUGGUUUGCCCAUUCAGGUCCGUGACACAGGCCUUUCGGUCAAAGAUGACGUGCCGAAGUCGGAUGUGAACAAAGAAUACUACACUCAGAAUAUGGAGAGAGAGAUUGCCAACUCUGACGGGACUAGGGCAGUGGGUACACUUGGUAAGGCUCCGAGUUCCAGUGACAUGCUCCUGAAGCUGGCCCGCACCACGCCCUACUACAAGAGGAACAGGCCACACAUCUGCUCUUUCUGGGUGAAGGGAGAGUGCAAGAGAGGAGAGGAGUGUCCAUACAGACAUGAGAAGCCAACUGAUCCAGACGACCCUCUGGCUGACCAGAACAUCAAGGACCGUUACUAUGGCAUCAAUGAUCCGGUUGCUGACAAACUGUUGAAGAGGGCGUCUUCCAUGCCGAGACUGGAUACUCCCGAAGACAAGUCCAUCACCACUCUUUAUGUGGGAGGCCUAGGAGACACCAUCACUGACUCAGAACUCAGGAACCACUUCUAUCAGUUUGGGGAGAUUCGCACCAUCACAGUCGUCCCCAGGCAGCAGUGCGCUUUCAUACAGUUUGCUACGCGUGGGGCUGCUGAGUCUGCUGCGGAGAAAUCCUUUAACAAGCUCAUCAUUCACGGCCGCAGACUCAACGUCAAAUGGGGCAGGUCCCAGGGAUCUCGAGGAAAGGAGAGGGAAAAAGACGGAAUGCCUGAAAGCGGCAUGCGACUGGAACCAGUGCCUGGACUUCCUGGAGCGCUGCCGCUGCCUCCACCUCCUGUGUCAGAAGAGGAGGGCUCAGCCAAUUACUUCAACCUGGGCCCCAGCAGUGCUCCUGUGGUGAUGAACAUGGGACUGCCGCCUCCACCAGGGGUCUCCAUGCCUCCACCUCCAGGCUUUGGUCCUCCAAUGUUCCCCUCUAUGGAUGGGAUGGGUCCGCCCAUGCCCCCCCCCAUGCCCAUGAGGCUGCCCGGUCAGGUCCAUUACCCUUCCCAGGAUCCUCAGCGCAUGGGCGCCCAUGCUGCUCGCCACGGAGGCACAUGAACUCAGGCAAAAAAAAAUGUUCAUCAUGUUGGUCCUAUUCCAGUGGGCAAUGUCUCUUUUUAUUUCUUUUAUCAAAGCCUGGGGUACCCAUCAGAGAAGCAGGCUCCAUUUCAAAUUCAUCAAAUUUAUAUGCCUCACUCUUGUCUUUUAUUUGUUUUUUUUGCUUGUAUUGUUUCUUUGUAUUUCCACUCAGAGUGUUGGAUAUGACCAUGAACCAGUUCCUUACUUGUAUGAUUCCUUCUGCCAUGAUCUGAUAGUGUUUAUUCCACUGUGAUGCUUGUCUGACUGCGAGGAGAGGGGGAGGUAUGUGAAUGUAUAAGUAACUAAGAGAAUUCAGAUGAGGUGUGCUUUUUAUUUCUACACGUUACAACCAGACAACUUUUCCACUUUAAAUUCAGCCUGCUAUGGUAAACUGUGACCUUCUGGAGGUUGCGUGUUCAAAGUGAUGUGUAUAUUUGGCCUGACUCUGUAGCAUAACUUGGGUGUAGUAACUAUUAUUCUCCACAAGGUGGAGACCGUGUCAGUCUAAUGUAGAAUUUCAAAGUCAGAACUGUUACAGAACGGAUGAAGAGGAGUCAGCCGUCACUGCCUGUCCAAUUGUAGUGUGUGUGCCGUCCUAUUUGGACCAAUUCAAACCGUUUUGUGAUAUUUCCAUACAUCUGUGUAUUGUUUUAAAACAAUUUUGUAAUGUGAUAACAUUUAUUAAACCCUUUCAUUUUGUGACUUCA